ACAUUGAUAUCUCCGUUAUUGCGCGUCGCAUUACUUGAGUAUCGAGAGUAGUGAGAGUGUGAUCGCAAUUCAAAAAAUAAAAAAUGGAAGACCGUAGUCUGCAAGAAAUAUUGAUAAUUUUUGCUGGAGCUCUACUUGUUUUUUAUUACUGGUCAACUUCAACUUACAGUCACUGGAAGCGCUUGGGAAUUCCAGGACCAAAACCCGCGCCACUGGUCGGAAACAUGGGCCCGUUUUUUUUUGGUAAAAAAUCUAUAAAUGAGUUGAUAAAUGAACUGUACGAAAAGUGGAAAAAAGAAAAAUUCUUUGGAAUUUACAAUGCGCGAUCGCCAGUUCUCAUGAUCACUGAUCCUGAGUUAGUACGUCAUGUUUUGAUAAAAGACUUUAACGUUUUUCCUGGACGCGGGACCAAGGUUAAUGAUGACGACCCUUUAGGACAGCAUUUGGUCAGCCUGGAAGGUCAUAAGUGGAAAGUUAUGAGGGCUAAAUUAACACCAAUAUUUACUACGGGUAAACUGAAGCUUAUGGUUGACUUGAUGAUCGAGUGCGCGGAUCACUUUGAAAAGUAUCUUCAGAAUCAGAUUGGCAAAGGUAAAGUACUCGAGUGCCGUGAGAUAACAGCUAAAUUUACUACAGAUGUCAUUGGCUCUUGCGCAUUCGGUAUAAAUAUGAAUGCACUUGAAAAUGAAGACAGUGCAUUUAGAAUAGUAGGAAGAAAAAUAUUUGAAUCGUCUGUUUAUAAUAUGAUUAGGCGAUUGCUGUUUGAUUUCUCGCCUAGACUAUUGAAGCUUCUCAACCUCAUAAAGUCACGGAAAAAUCACACUGAUUUCUUCGUAAAUUCUAUCCGGGAGACGAUGGAAUUUCGUGAAAAAGAAAAAAUUGUUCGUCAUGAUUUAGUUGACCUCUUGAUGGACAUAAAAAAAAAUCAACAUUCAAUCGAUUUUGAAGUAACCGAAGGACUUUUGACAUCUCAAGCUUUUGUUUUCUUUCUCGCUGGCUUCGAAACUUCUUCAACUACAAUUUCUUUUGCUCUGUAUGAGCUGGCAACGUCACCUGACAUUCAAAAAAAAUUGCGAACUGAAAUCAUUGAAACACUAAAACAACAUGACGGUCAGUUAUCAUACGAAGUUAUCAAUGAGAUGAAAUAUCUACAUAUUGUAGUGCAAGAGACACUGAGAAAAAACCCACCAGUUUCUGUGUUGAGAAGAAAAUCAGUACAGCCUUACAAAUUACCUGGAAGUAACAUAAUUUUGCCUGCUGGUACAUCAGUACAGAUUCCAGUGUACAGUUUACAUUACGAUGAACAGUACUAUCCAAAACCGUCAGUUUUUGACCCAGAAAGAUUUAAUAAAAACGAAACGAAACCUCCCCAAAUUUAUUUGCCAUUCGGGGACGGGCCCAAAAAUUGCAUCGGCGCAAGAUUUGCUGCCUAUCAGUCAAAAUUAGGACUUGUGACAAUUAUAAGAAACUUCAAUGUGACCCCUUCAAAGUCAACAAAAGUACCAUACAAAAUUGACAAGACCGCCAUCAUCUUAUCAGCUGCCGGCGGAAUAAAUCUUAAAUUUGAACCUCUUAUUUAAUUAAAUUCAAAUAUUAAUUAUCAAACCCUGUAUUAUUAUAAAAUUAUUUAAAAAAAAAAAGAAGUUCCACAUCUACUCCGACCUGGAGUUAAUUUCACUCCAGAGAAAAUUAAAUGAAUAAAAAAUCCUCUCCGGUUUUGAUCCGCAUUUACUCCAAAAUUUUUACGCCGUAUUUACUCACUAAAUAUAUCAAAUAUUGUACAUAAUGUUGUCAUUAAAAGUAAAUCAUGUCACAUGAAUAAUUAAAAUGCAAAGCAUACACAGGUAAAUUCUACCAAGAGUUCCAAGCAGGUCAAGCAAUCAUUUACCUUCAGGAUUAACCCAGUACCCAAACCCUACUAGAACCCACUAGUGGGC